CUGCUCGUUCUGGCCCGUGGUGUCGACACGAUUAUCGCCAUUGAUGCGCCUGCGGACACCUCAGACAACUUCGCUGCAGGCCUCGACCUCAUCUCGACGCAAGCGCGAGUCCAGCUCUUCCCAGGAACGUACUUCUUCCCGCCCGUGCCGAACACCACGGACGUCUACCUCUCCCAAAAUCUAACGCGUCGCCCGACGUUCUUCGGAUGCAACAGCUCUGCGGCAAGCGACGAGCCUUUCGUCAUAUACAUCGCGAACGGCGGACCGCCCCUCGGGCAAGCCCCGGUGACCAACACGCCCACGUUCCAGCUGGAGUACUCGAACGGCGAACUCGGGGCGAUGUUGGACCAGACGUUCGAUAUCGCCACCCAGGGCAUUCCCUCUGAAACGCCCAGAGGGCCAGAGAAGGAUCCCGACUGGCCUGCGUGUCUUGCGUGUGCCAUCACGGACCGUGCUAGGCGCACGAUUGUCGCGUCGAGGAGUGGGAUCUGUGAGACCUGCAUGGCGAGGUAUUGUUGGAGUUGA